ACCUUUUGCUCACUUGGUAGAGUGUGCACCCCAUAUAGGCUGAGUCCUCUGCAGCGGCCUGGUUUUGAUUCAGACUUGCAGGCCUUUGAUUCGGGUCUCCCACCAUUUAUGUAUUUUUAAAAUGGUGUUUGAUAGCAGGGAGCAAUGGGUACACAGCAGAGGUCACUGACUUGCUCAUGGAGCCUUAGCAGAUCUGCUUGUGCUGUAACUAGUCAUGAUGGGUCCUGAAGCCUAUUUACCUAUUGGAUAAAGGAUCUCCUUUUGGUUAUUUCUUAUCUACUACAGCAGACAUUUAUUGCCCCACACAGUUGGUUUCAUGAAUAUUAUGCAAACCAGAAAGGCAGUAAAGGACUAAGUGGAGAGUGAAGCUGGAAGGCAGUAAUGCAACGGGAAACGCACCUCAACCACACUUCGACCAGUUUCUAGCAGCUACCUGGGAGGACAUACAUAACAAAGGCUUCUUGACAGCUCUUCAGCUCAUUUCAAGAGAUGGGAAUCACUGAUGAUAUUAAGGACACAUUGUCCAAGGCGGUGUUUUCCCCUUCUACUCUGUUAUCCGGCCGAGGCGGGCUGCACAUGGCUCAGAUCAUUCUGUCUGUGGUCACCUUUGUCCUGGCAGCCUUCAGAGGAGGGAGCAGCCAUACCUACUGGAUCUACGCUAUGUUCACCUGGGCCUUCUGCCCUAUCAUGACCCUCAUCAUCACCAUCAUUGAGAUGUUAAAGCUCGAUGUCAUACUAGAUUUGUUUUGCAUGAACUGGGCUGACUUCACCACGGGGAUGGCCAUGUCCUCUACGCUCAUGACUGUCUCUGUCGCCAUCACCUACGCCAACUUCUACGCCUGUCUGAAAUGCCCGUACGGCUGGAUUGUGAGCAUUUUUGCCAUCUUGUGUGGCCUCGUCUAUACACUAGAAGUGGUGAAGGACAAAUUCCUGGAGAAGAAGAAAGGGAGUUACCUGGCUGCUCUGCCUGGAUUCUGGAAGGUUAUGGAGGCAUUUGUGAGCUGCAUCAUUUUUAUAUCACUGACUGGUUACAGAGACAAGCCAGCUCUGAUCUUGUGUGUCAUUGCAUACAUCAUCCCAUUCCCCAUCCUGCCUUUAAUCAUAGCCACCAACAUCCUCAAGAAACUGAAGAAAUGUUUGCCCUUUAACCUGGACAGGUUCGUGUUCAUAUUCCUGGUGAUCUCUGUUUUGCUGUAUAUAUUUGCUGCUAUUGUGUGGCCCAUUUUCAUGUUCAAGAACAACCCUCGGCCCAGUGAGUGUCCACCCAGCUUCUGUAUCUGGGCCAUACAGUUUAUGGUGACAUUUAUGACUUAUGUGAAUCUUAUUCUUUUCACACUGGACCUCAUUUUUACCUUGCUUGGUAUCUGUGGCUUUAAACAGACAUAGUGGUGACUGUCCUGUCAUGUUUUAAAAACCUCCAAACUUUCACUACACCCUUAAACAACAGGUCAGUAUCAGCCAUACAAGUAAAUGCUCAACAUUUUUUCCCAUUUCAUUAAAACAAAAACGUGUGUGAGUUUUUCAGCUAAAUAGAGGUUUCUAGCCUGGUUAGUGAACAGCACCACUUCUGCCCUGAGGUGACAUGAUCCCAUUUUCCACAUUUGGGAAAACGUGUCCUCCUGUUUGUUUUGUUUGUGUACAAAAAUGAGUCUUUUUAUGUGUGUAUUCAUUCACUUUUUUUAUUUCUUGUUUUUCAUAGGUAAUGGUGAAUAUUUUGGUUCAAAUAAAAUGUGGUUGUAAUUGCUUAUAUCUAGGAGGAACGUGAUUAUUGCAGGCCUCCAUGGGCCCCUUUUUCUUUCUUAUGCGCAGCCUUGACUGAUGCUGUACACCUAGAUCCAUUCCUGUUCACACUCAGGACGCCAGCCCAAAAAGGUGAUCUAUAUUUUGUCAUGAUGGAUGUGU